AUGUGUCAGAUUUGGUCGGGUCUGAAGCGCUGUGCCGUGGUGAACCGCUUUCGCAUCGCGCGGCAGCGUGCGGGGCUACUGCCGCUGGGCCGCGAUGGUGAUGGUUGGAACCGCUGGGUGGGGAUUCGCCCGCGUGCCGCUGGGGACUUGAGCGAGGAGGUGGUCCUCAGCAUGUUGAUGGAGGCCUGUCACCUUCCCAUGGGCCAAAAGUGGGGCUACCACGAGCGCGCCGGGGAUGCGCUGGAUCAGCUGACUCACCUCAGCGGGCUCAUCAUGAGACCUGUCUCCUUGGCUUAUUACCAGUGCCUUGGAUCUGAGUUUUCCUAUCAAAAUGGAUACGGCGAGAGGAGUUUGGGGGGAAGGGGAGAGACCUCGGUGCAGAGUGAGAUGGUGGGAGCAUUGCCGCGUGAUCGUGGUGCGCCCGCGUCUCGCGUCGCCGGGAUGCGCGGCGCGGUGAACAGCUCCGCGGUGGGUGAGCAGGAGGUGAUCUUCAGCUUCAUGUGGCCCAUGGUGACCGCUCUAGGCGAAGAUAACUUGGGUAGCAUUUGCCAUGUCGGGAUUGGAGAGGCGUCGACCUGCGACGACCGGCGUGCAGACCGGGAGAGACCGGGAGACAUCAACCUCUAUCAGCAGUUGCACCAACUGGAGGUUCCGCUGAAAGCCCUCAAACAGAAGGCGAAAAGGCAGGGCGCCGACCCUUUUCAGACCUUCAAGUUCACAUCUGAUGAAGAGGUCCUUAGUGACGAGGUCCGCCUACUGCUCUGUUUGUUCCUAGACUACAUGUGGAGCCUUUCCGAAACCAAGAUAGUUGAUAUGCGCAUUGUUCUACCUGAUGAGCUCUUCCGAUUCCUGGCCAUGCUUGGGACCAUUGGCAAUCCGCAGGAAGCAGAUCUUCUUGAGAAACUCCAUUCCCUGUUUGAAGAAAUUCCUCGAGAAAUUCCUCGGACGUAUCCUUCAACCGGACCAAAACUUGCUUUGCGGAUGACCCAAGGGCCGAGCAAUGCAUGCAUCAACUUUCAUUGUGAUGGCACUUAUGCGACCGGCACGGUGCAGAUUGCCUUGAACAGCCCUGAAGACUAUACCGGUGGACAGCUUUGUUUCUUUGUCAAUGACCACUUAGAGAUGCUUGAGAGACCAGCUGGAUCUGUGUGCCAGCACCCAUGCAGAGUGCUACAUGGCGUGUCAGCUUUGAUGGAGGGCACACGGAAAAGUCUCUUUGUUGUGGACUGGCUGAAUGGCCUUGGCGAGAGGGGAGUGGUGGACGCAACCCACCAUCACGUGCAAGGCUUCAUCAAGUGGAAGCAAGAUACUGAGGAGAAACGACCACGGACUCACAGUUUUCCACGCUUCUCGCCUGGUCUUUCCGGCUCCGAGCUCCGAGCCACCACGCCGCCCAUCGUGCUGGGAGGUCGCCUCAAGACCUUUGCGCAGGCGCGUCACUGGCGCCAGGCAUUGAAGCACUUGGAGGUGCUAUCCGCGUCACCGGCCGCAGCGCAGCAUUUGCUGGUCCGAAUUCGUGUCAACUCGGUGCCAUCGCAGCUCAGACUUCCGACGACCGAGUGGGUCUUAGGCCAGAAAGCCUUCAAGUUCAACAUCAUCCACUGCAAUUCGGCUCUGGCCGCCUGCGCCUGGCCUCUGGCCGGACACCUCCUGCGACACGCGGAGCGACACGCGGAGCGCGCCGGCGCGGACGCCUUCACGGUGAACUCCGCGUGCGCGGCGUGCGAGCGCCGUGGCCGCUGGGGCGAGGCGCUGCAGCUGCUGGCUUGGGCCGCGCGUGGUGCUCUGCGCUGCGAGGUGCUGGGCUACAACGGCGCCAGCAGCGCUGCGGCCAAGGAUGGCAGGUGGACGCAGAGCAUGGAGGUUUUGAAGGAGAUGCGCACCAACACCUUGCAGCGGACGGUCAUCAGCUUCGCUGCGCUCAGCGUGAAGUGGCCCUGGGCGCUGGAGACGCUGGAGCUCAUGCGUCACUGCGAUGCUUCUCCAGGCGCCUAUCACGUGAACGGUGCCAUCACCAGCUGCGGUGCCUCCCAACUCUGGCGCGCAGCGCUGUUCCGCGUUGGAGACGCUGCGGCGGACGUGGUGGGGUGCAAUGCGGCUAUGAGCGCCUGUGAGUGGCUUUGGGCCGCGGAACUGCUGGAGUGCAUGGCAGCGAUGGGAUCAAUCCAACAGGACAUCAUUUCCUUCAACGCCUUGCUGAACGCCUACAGCGCUGAAGAUCUAUGGCCAAGAGCAGUAAAUCUUUGGCGGCUCCUCGAAGGGCGAGAUGUGGAACCCAGCACCGUGACAGCCAACUGCCUGAUUGGCUCGGCUGCAUGGCCAGAGGCUUGGCAGUGCCUGCAUCGCUUCCUCCAAGGCGGCGUGGAGGUGGAUGUGAUUGGGGUGAACUCUGUGAUCUCGAGCGACUGGCGCAUGGCUCUGACCUGCGAGCACUUCUUCGCCCGAGCGGGCCUCCGCCGCACCUUGAUCACCUACGGCGCGCUGACCUCCACCACUGCGUCCGGUCCUUCACCGAGCGCCUGGUCGCUGGCGCAGGCGGUGUGGGCGCAGCAGGCGCAGCAGGGCGCCGCGGCCGAGGCGGUGGGGCAAAGCGCGAUGCUGAAGGCUUGGGCGGAUGGCCAACAAUGGAGGUGGGCGCUGGAGAUGCCUCCCUCCGACCUCAAUGGCUACGGCGCCCAGCUGAACGCCUUGAGCUCCGUCGGCCGCUGGCGCGCCGCGCGGGCCGCGCUUUCGUCCGCUGCGCUUUCAGCGACGCUUUCGGCGACCCGCGUCCUGCGGUCGGCUGUGUGUUGCCACAGCGCGGUGGCGGGCUGUGAGCGGGCCGGUGCCUGGGAGCAAGUGCUCUUGCUGGAAAUGGCCAUGUUCAACAGCAGCUCGGUGGUGAGCGCCCGUGAGAAGGGCGGCCUUCUGGAUGAAUUUGCGGGGAAGAUGGCCAAGAUCCAAAGUGCUCUAAAAGGACAUCUCCUCACAAAGAAGGUGGGUGCGCAAACCAGCUUCGAGCUUUGUGAGAACAAGCGAGGAGCCCUGCGGAGGGUCUUUGCGCGCAUCUCCUUGAGCCGGCCUGAGUACGCCAAGGACCUUUCCCAGUCGGAGCGAAAGAAGCCGCUCUCGAUGGCGCAACACUUCCACUUCGAGGACCUGAGAUGGGAAGAAACACAAGGGGAUUAUUUCUGCUGGCUCCCCAUCCCCACGAAGAUCGCCGAGGGCGAGCGCAUUAACGUCUAUUUCAACGAGGCAACCGGUGGACGGUAUGUGCCACGCGCAGUGCUGAUGGAUCUCGAGCCAGGCACCAUGGACAGUGUUCGUGCGGGGCCCUUUGGUCAGCUGUUCCGCCCAGACAACUUUGUGUUCGGCCAGACCGGUGCUGGAAACAACUGGGCGAAGGGGCACUACACUGAGGGAGCCGAGUUGAUUGACUCCGUCUUGGAUGUCGUCCGUAAAGAAGCUGAGGGAUGUGACUGCUUGCAAGGCUUCCAGCUGUGCCAUUCUCUCGGAGGUGGCACUGGCGCCGGCAUGGGAACACUCUUGAUUUCCAAGGUGCGAGAAGAGUACCCGGAUCGUAUCAUGGAGACCUUCUCCGUGAUUCCCUCGCCCAAGGUCUCGGACACGGUGGUGGAGCCGUGUCUCGACAGCAACGAUGGGGGGGUGCAACGAGGAGGAAAACACCAAACGAAGCUGUUCCCAACAUCGAAGACACGUAAGCACACACCGGUGCAUGUGUCUCUUGGCAAACCUGUCCAUUGA